AUGCCGUCUACUUCCACUUCAAAUAGAGUAUCGAUCUCGCGCAAGAUACGAAAAAAGCUGGCAAAGCAGCGUGAAAUUGAAGUAGAAGAAUACAAACUCUCCAUAUACCGCAAAAGUUGCUUCCAGGGAGCCGCUAUCGUUAGACUUAGCGACCUUAAGUCUGACACAAACUUCAACCGAGACACUAAGAAUCAUCCCAAUAUCGCUCGCCUGGAGCAACUCUUUGACUAUCAUGGAUUCCUACGUCUAGAUGAGAAAUACCACAUACCCGUCAUGAUUGACAGUUCCGAAUGGGAAAAAGGAGUGAAAUGGCAAGACCCGAAAAGCUUAGCACCAGAAGUGCCGCUGCCAGAAUUGCAAGUAGCUCACGGUUGUCAUUUAUUUGUACUUGAUCACGAAGAUGUCAUCGCUGCAGCUGAAAAGAGGUUCGAAGAAUUGAAUGUCGAAGACCCAUGGUGCGUGGUCGACGUCUACGUGACUGAAGCUGAAGAAGCCUGUCAUGACCGCUUGGAUUAUGAUGAAGAUCGGGACAUUCAGGAUUUUGUAUAUUCUGACUGGUACUCAGGUGGCCAACGUGACGAGCUCAUUCGCACCCUCCAGGAGAGUUAUUCAAACGAUCGAUUCCCCCCGGACGGUCGAAUUUAUCGGAAAAUCCGCUCUUACCAAGGAUAUCCUCACAGACAAUCAUCUAAUAAGGCAGCGGAGAAUUACUGGUGGGCUGUCUUGGAAAGCUCCCCAGGGAGUAGGAAAGGGGGUCGAAGUAGGAAAGGAGGUUAUCUCAAAUCAUUACUGAAACAUAAGUUGUUACGCGAAAGGUUUGAUGAUCUUCUUCCAGUUGAUGGUCUUUGGGACGACAUGAGUAUCGGCGUAUUACACAAGCUGUUGGCGAUGAAGUGUGACGAGCCAAUCAUAUGUUACUUGAGGAAAAUUAAAGAUACUUUCUACAAACUGGCGGGAAAUGACAAUGAUAUUUUGGCAGCCGUUGAUGGAGGGACAAUCAAGAAAAUCAAAUCACUGGCGCCAAAGGUUUCCAAGGGAGAUCUUGAAUUUUUAGAGACGGGCAUGGAAAAAAAGGAUCUGUUUCCUGCCAUUGUCGCUCCUCAGGAUCGUGAUCGCAUUUUGCAUUAUCUGCGAAACAUUGACUUUCCCAUCCCCACACUAGAGACAUUCUUUCAAGACAUACUAUACCUCGACGUAUGUCAAAAUGUCAUGCGACAAUUAUGUAUCAACCAGCCGAAGAGGAAGAUCAAGCGAAGGAGAAACAGCGAGGAGGAAGACAACCAAGAAGAAGAAGAAGAAGCAGAGGGACCAGCUCCUACGAUUGACGAAAGUUUGAGAAGCCAAUAUAACAGUAUUUCUGAAGGUGGGCUUAUCUCAAGCGCAUAUAUCGAAGUAUUGCUGAAAAGGGACCUUUGCGACUUGUGGCGUUUCAGUUUCCAGUAUGCGUUUGAGAUGACGACAGUUAAGGAGCACCGCCGCCGUGUCCCGCGAAAACACGUUGAUGUUGAGCGUGCAAUUAGCCUGGGCCUCCACGAGCGCCAUAAUAGUUAUGACUUGGCGGACCUUCGGCAUCAUUUCCUCUGGCUGGCUAGUAAUCGCGGGUUCGAAGUUCCCGCCAACAAUGAAAGCCAAUUACAACCCGUUGAACUUCCUCGAGCCAUGCCAAGUGAUUUUCCACCUGACAAUGGAGACGUCGGUCUGGAGAGACGAAGCGGAAAGCCAUUUACAGAUUCAGUAGACGCUGACCGGUUCGCCCUCUCAAGGGAGUCAUUGAGAAGUGUUAGCGAUUACCAGCGAGUCAGCGCAGCUUUUGUGCGUCGUUCUGUCUUUCAUGCCUUUUUUGCAUACUUUGAUGCUGGAAUACCAGACAGUCCGGUUCUAUCUCCACGUAAUGUCGCAGCCGAGCCGUCCCCAGAUGAAAUCGACAUCCUCCUUACAGAUACCGAAGCCGCGUGGGGAACAGAGACAAGAGACCAUGGCAUAAUCGCAGAUGGCGAAUUUGCAUGGGCGUCAUAUGCGGGGGUCUCUAGCGUACCCCAUAUCCCAAUGGAGGAUAGAACCACUUAUGCGGAGCCAGCUAGCUGGGAUCAGCAAUACAGGAUUUAUCCAUUCUAG